CUCUGUUGGGGGGCACAAGGAUUGACCGCUCCUUUGGGCUUUUAUUUUCCUGGGGGGGACGCUAAUCCAGCAUCAUGACCGACGCACAACAAGAGGCCCGCUCCUACCUGAGCGAGGAAAUGCUGGCUGAGUUCAAAGCCGCCUUCGACAUGUUCGACACGGACGGCGGCGGUGACAUCAGCACUAAGGAGUUGGGCACCGUGAUGAGGAUGCUGGGUCAGAACCCGACCAGAGAGGAGCUGGAUGAGAUCAUCGAGGAGGUGGAUGAGGACGGCAGCGGUACCAUCGACUUUGAGGAGUUCUUGGUGAUGAUGGUGAGGCUGCUCAAGGAGGACCAGGCCGGCAAGAGCGAGGAAGAGUUGGCCGAGUGCUUCCGCGUCUUUGACAAGAACGGCGACGGCUACAUCGACAGAGAAGAGUUUGCUCUGAUCAUCCGCAGCACCGGCGAGCCGAUCACCGAGGAUGAGAUCGAUGAGCUGAUGAAGGAUGGAGACAAGAACGCCGACGGCAUGCUGGACUUUGACGAAUUCCUGAAGAUGAUGGAGAAUGUGCAGUAAUGAGGCAGACUAACUCAUGGACAUUCCUCUCACCCCAGUGAAGAAAACCUCCAUGGAAUUGAUCUGAGCACCAAGACUAGCAUCUUCCACUGCUCAUGUGCUCCAUCCAUCCUCCUUCCUCGACAGAAAGCUAGGAGUGGAGGUCACCUCCCUAUUGGUCAGCUGUAAUCUAGAUGUAGUCUAGAUGGAACCUGCUGCUGCUGCUAGACCAGUCCAUCACUUUCCUCUGUACAAAGAAGCUAACCUGUUUGUGACUAAAUAAAUCAACUCACAACACGC